UGGGCAAAGUAUCAGAGUUCCCAUUACCUUAGGGUGGGAGGUCCUCAAGGGCUUCAUGUAUUUUAAUGUAAAGAAGUGAGAAUGUUUCAUGUCAAAAUGUACUCAGUAUGAAAACUCAAAGACGAGUGAAGAAUUACACAAGUUUAGAAGAUUUAUAGAACUAAGGGCUGGGAAAUCACCAAAACUUGUAAGUAUUGGAAAUACAUUUUGAAUGUUUUCUGGGAUAAGGGAAUGAGUAAAUUGUUUACUAGCUGCAAAAUUGACAGAAUUUAGUAAGAGAGAGUUUUUUUUUUUUUUUUUGAUUCUGUCAAACUGGGAACUCCUCCCAGAAUAAGUAAUUCCUAUUUCUGUCUACAUGAUUUAUAAUCCCCUCAUCACAUUGUCAGGGGCAUUCCUCUCAAGAAUAGGAAGAGGAUCUAUUGAAGAGAUUGCAGUACGAUUAUGAUUAUCAUUGACCAUAUUCUGCUUUCUUUCUGCAGGAUAUUGAAAAGCUCAUGAGAUAUAUAUUUAUUGGCUAUUAAAAUUGGACUGAAGUGAAGUUUCUUUACCCAUUUUGUCAAGUAGCUGACUUUGCAGAGGAAUUCACAGUGUUCUGUUUUUUCAAGAGAAGACUAGUUGCUGAAUACAAAAUAGAUUUCCGAGAGGUCCAAGUGCUACCCCGCUCUCCACCACUCCUAUCAGCUAGCAGACAACUGCACUGGAUAUUCCAUCCAGCCCCUACUAUCUCCUUGAAGAAAAGUCCAUCUCAGGUCACUGAAGAUAAACCAAAUCAAUGAUUGAGACAAACCACUCUCGAGUGACUGAAUUUGUAUUCCUGGGACUUUCCAGUUCUCAGGAACUCCAACCUUUCUUAUUUGUUGUGUUUUCAACACUCUACUUAGCCAUACUGCUGGGAAACUCUCUCAUCAUCCUCACAGUGACAUCAGAUUCCCGUCUUCAUACCCCCAUGUACUUCCUACUUGCAAAUCUCUCUUUUAUAGAUAUUUGUGUCGCCACCUUUGCUACUCCAAAAAUGCUUUGGGACUUCCUGGCUGAACGCAAGACUAUUUCGUUUGCUGGCUGCAUGUUCCAGAUUUUCUGUGUUCACCAAUUUGCCGGUGGUGAAAUGGUGCUCCUUGUAGCCAUGGCUUAUGAUCGUUAUGUUGCCAUAUGCAAACCUCUUCACUACAUGACAAUCAUGAGCCGCCGUGUCUGCAUUAUUCUCGUCCUCAUCUCCUGGGGUGUCGGCUUCAUCCACACCACUAGCCAGCUGGCAUUUACAGUGAACCUGCCCUUCUGUGGCCCUAACCAGGUAGACAGUUUCUUCUGUGACCUCCCUCUGGUGACCAAGCUGGCCUGCAUAGACACUUAUGUGGUCAGCCUCCUGAUAGUUGCAGACAGUGGCUUUCUUUCCUUGAGUUCCUUCCUGCUGCUGGUUGUUUCCUACACCGUGAUUCUCAUCACAGUGAGGAAUCGUUCCUCUGCUAGCAUGGCGAAGGCGAGGUCCACGCUGACUGCGCACAUCACAGUGGUCACACUGUUCUUUGGGCCGUGCAUCUUCAUCUAUGUGUGGCCCUUCAGCGGAUACUCAGUUGACAAGGUCCUUGCUGUGUUCUACACCAUCUUUACUCCCAUUUUAAACCCGGUUAUCUAUACUCUGAGGAACAAAGAAAUGAAGGCAGCUAUGUCAAAACUGAAGAGUCGAUACCUGAAGUCUGGCCAGGUUUCUGCAGUUGUAAGAAAUUUUCUUCUCCUGGAAAAGAAAUAAACUUACAGGACUGUUACCACUGUAACUUGAUCUCUAGACAAUUGCAAAUGGAAUCACCAUAAUGUUAAAGAAAAUCAU